CUGCUGGUUAGUGACUGCUGCUGGUGGUGGUGGUGAGGAGGAGGAGGAGAGCGGAGGAUCCGUGUGGACCACAGCUUGCUGCUGCAGCGGCUGAGAGGGGGACGGACACACACACACACACACUCACACACACACACACACACCGGCCGGGCUCAGUCCCUCAUCAUCAUUUUCUACAGCAUCAACCAACACACUGACUGUGCGGAGGGAGGAAACAGGAGCUGGGUUGCUGCAGACGGUUUGAACCACCUCCUGAAGACAGACGGCGGCUGAGAUUAAAUCCUCACAGUGUGGAUUCAGACUUUGUCACUCCAUUGACCGCCCUGAUCGUGUCGUUGAACCUGGACAAAAGGUUUCCAUCGUGACACACCCGAACCAUGGACAGGAACAGGAAGCGGGUGCAGGGCUUCGGAGCUGUGCUAUUGACACUCUUGUGUCACAUGACCUCAGCGCUGGAAGUGCCUCUCGAUCCUAAAGUACUGGAAGGAUUGCCACAACCCCCCACCAUAACGCUACAGUCCCCGAAGGAUUACAUCUUUGAUCCGCGGGAGAACAUUGUCAUCCACUGCGAGGCCAAGGGGAAGCCUCAUCCCAGCUUCUCGUGGACGAGAAACGGGUCCCACUUUGAUGUCGAGAAAGACUCCAAAGUCCUGAUGAAGCCCGGAUCGGGAACUCUGGUCAUCGACAUCAGCGGGGAGAAGGCCGAGGCCUACGAGGGAACGUACCAGUGCACGGCGCACAACGAGCACGGCACCGCCGUAUCCAACAGCAUCGUCAUCAGACAGUCCAGGUCCCCCUUGUGGUCGAAGGAGAGAAAUGAGGCCAUCGUGGUGCAGAUGGGGGUCUCCCUGGUGCUGCAGUGCCGACCCCCUGCUGGGCUGCCCCCGCCCGUCAUCUUCUGGAUGGAUAACAACUUCCAGAGGCUACCGCUGGAUAAGCGAGUGUCCCAGGCUCUGAAUGGAGACUUGUACUUUUCCAAUGUUCUCCCAGAAGACACCAGGAGCGACUACAUCUGCUACGCUCGCUUCCCUCACACACAAACCAUCCAGCAGAAACAGCCCAUCUCCGUCACCGUGCUGGACAACAGCCCAGAGGGGGAGCGGCGCCCCGUUUUCAUGACGCCUCUGGGCGCCACCAGCACCAAGAUGGUUCUGAGAGGGGAGACUCUGGAGCUGGAAUGCGUUGCUGACGGCUUGCCCACUCCAGAGAUCUCCUGGCAGAAGGGUGGAGGAGAGCUGCCGAGCAGCAGGAUGUCCUUUUAUAACUUCAGGAAAACGCUCAAGGUUUCUGACGUGACCGAAACUGACGGCGGGGACUACCGAUGUACAGCCGCGAACAACUUGGGCACCAUAUACCACAUCAUCAAGGUCACCGUCAAAGCGGCUCCUUUCUGGGUCAGCGCUCCCAGGAACCUGAUCCUCGCCCCGAACGAGACCGGCAUCCUGACUUGUCGAGUUAACGGAGAGCCCAAACCCAAGAUUAACUGGUUUGUCAACGGAGUCUCCAUAGAGAACGCACCAGAGGACCCCAGUCGGAAAGUGGAUGAUGACACUGUGAUUCUUAGCAAUGUGCAAACAGGGUCCAGCGCUGUCUACCAGUGUAACGCAUCUAAUGAAUUUGGUUACCUGUUGGCAAACGCUUUUGUCAACGUUCUUGCUGAGCCACCAAGGGUGCUAACUCCACCCGACCGAGUGUACCAGGUCAUCACCAACAACCCCGCGUUACUUCAUUGCGCCUUCUUCGGCUCGCCAAUACCAUCCAUCACAUGGUUUAAAGACAGUCAGACCAGCGUUAAGAACGGGGACCCUUAUGUGAUCCAUGAGAACGGUACAUUGGAGAUUCACGUGGCCCAGCCACUAAACAGUGGGAAGUACACCUGCAUUGCCACCAACAGCCUGGGGAUCAAGGAGAACCAUAUCUUCCUGGAGGUUAAAGAGCCCACCCGUAUCCUAAAGCAGCCAGAGUACAGGGUGGUGCAGAGAGGCAUGAGCGCUGUGUUCGAGUGUAAAGUCAAACACGACCCAUCCCUCGUUCCCACCAUGACCUGGCUCAAAGACAACGGAGAGCUGCCCGACGGGAGGUUUGAGGUGGGCGCGGACAGUCUGACCAUCAAUGACGUGACAGAUGGAGACGAGGGCACCUACACCUGCAUCAUGAACACCACCCUCGACCAGGACUCAGCCAGCGCCAUGCUGACUGUCGUAGAGGCUACUCCUACUCCAGCUAUGGUCUACGAGAAACCUGACCCUCCGACUGACCUGGAACUGACUGACCAGACAGAGAGGAGCGUUCAGCUCACCUGGAUCCCCGGAGACGAACACAACAGUCCCACACAGAAGUUUCUGAUCCAAUACGAGGAUCUGCUCCACCAGCCAGGCGUUUGGAUCAACCUGACGGAUACUUCUGGUACCAGCACCACGGCGCGGUUAAACCUCUCUCCGUACGUCUACUACUCCUUCAGAGUCCUGGCUCUGAAUCGCGUCGGCUACAGCGAGCCAAGCAAGCCCUCGAGCCAAUACAGGACCAACCCUUCAGCACCUGAUGACAAUCCAUCAGAUGUUCAGGGAGGAGGAACAAAGCCUGGCAACUUAGUCAUCUCCUGGACAUCGCUGACAGGAUUUCAGGCUAACGGACCCCAUCUGGAGUACAGGGUGCAGUGGAGACAGAAGGACGUAGAUGACGAUUGGUCCUCAAAGAACGUGGCCAACGUUUCGGAGUUCAUUGUGUCUGGAACUCCAAUCUACGUGCCCUACGAAGUCAAGGUUCAAGCUCUGAAUGAUUAUGGCAGCGGCCCAGAGCCUGAAGUGGUGAUUGGAUACUCUGGAGAAGACUUGCCUUUGUCGGCUCCCGAUAGUGUGCAGAUCAUGGUUCACAACAGCACGCUUGCAGAAGUCCACUGGGAGCCUGUUUCUUUCCCCUCGGUUAGAGGAAAACUACAGGGAUACAAGGUAUACUACCGGCGCGAGCGGGGCUUGCAUGAGACAGAGGAGGACACAGAGCAGCUGGAGCAGGUUUUGACGUUCAGUGGGAAUCGUAGCGAGGGACGUCUGCCGGGCCUCCAGCCUUACAGCCAGUACAACCUCACCAUCAGGGUCCUCAAUAACAAGGGAGAAGGGCCUCCCAGCCCCAGCAAGAAGUUUGAGACACCUGAAGGAGUACCGGAGCGUCCUUCUUUCCUGAAUGUCAUAAACCACGGUUUGGACUCUCUCACUCUGGAAUGGGGCCCACCAUUGAACAACAAUGGCCGCCUCGCUGGAUACACACUGAAAUACCAACCAGUCAACAACACCAACGAGCUGGGGCCAGUCAAGGUCAUGACCUUCCUAGCCAACGAGACCGCCACGACCCUGAGCAGCCUGAACUCCAGCAUGCUCUACAAGUUCUACUUGAGCGCAAAGACAAUCAAGGGCUCCGGCCCCAUCAUCACAGGGGAGGCCUUCACAGUCAUGGACACAAUUCGUUCUCAGCCCACUGUAGAGACGGGCAAAGGCCCUAAAGAGCCCCCUCACCCAACCUCCCCCAUCACUCAGUCUCCGCUUCCCCCGUUUCACAAGGUGCCGCAUGUAGGCCCUGCGUUUGGCAAAGUUAACACGUCCAUGUCGGAGGACGGUGCAGUGAUCAGUUGGGAUUACUUUGGACACCAUAAGAAUGUAUAUGUGGAAUAUAUUGUAGAAAACAGUAAACAGGACUGGACAAAGGAGUUGGUAAACGGUUCACACUGGCAUAUGAUAAAAGGUUUAAAGCCAGGGACGUCCUAUAAGGUGCGUGUGGUAGCUAGAGACCCGGCCGACCCGGCGGUCCACAGCACAGAAGAAGUGGUGGUCUUGGUUCCAGCCGUACCCAGCCGGCAGGUAGACAUCGCCACCCAGGGCUGGUUUAUCGGGCUGAUGUGUGCCAUCGCGCUCCUCAUCUUGGUCCUCCUCAUAGUGUGCUUCAUCAAGAGGAACAAGGGUGGCAAAUAUCCAGUGAAAGAGAAAGAAGAUGCUCACCAAGACCCAGAGAUCCAGCCUAUGAAGGAGGAUGAUGGGACAUUUGGAGAGUACAGGUCUAUGGAGAGUGACACAGAGGACCACAAGCCGCUGAAGGGCAGCCGGACGCCGUCCAAUGGGACGGUGCGCCGCGACGAGAGCGACGACAGCCUGGUGGACUACGGGGAGGGCGGGGACGGACAGUUCAACGAGGACGGCUCCUUCAUUGGCCAGUACAGCGGCAAGAAAGAGAAAGACACGCACGAAGGCAACGAGAGUUCGGAGGCCCCGUCGCCCGUCAACGCCAUGAACUCGUUUGUCUAACGAAAAGGGGCCCGCGGCCUGGCUGCGACGGUUUGCUUACGGCCACUCCUUGUCACCCUGGCAAAUGUGACCAUCUUCUGUGGUGACAGUUGCUAAGGUGACAGCCGUUGUGGACACCUACUUCUACAAUGGUGGCUGUCACUCCGGUGGCCCUCGCCACGGCUACCUGUCACCAAGACUGCUGACGCGCCCUCAUCUCCACAACCCCGCCGGCCCCUGUCACACUGUGACCUCGUCUGAUCUACACACACUCAACAUGGCAAAGACCCCCUCCCCCCCAUAACCAUUGAAAGAAGGUGUGAAACGAGGGAUGCGAGGACUCCGAGAAGAGGGAAGGAGAGAGGAAGCAAUAUAGAAGAGCGGAAGGAAUGUACCAGAGAGUUUAGCCACUCCGACUGAGCAGAAGUGUGAGUGUUAGUGCCAUUUGAUCUCCUUUGCAAACAUACUAAACACGACGUAUCCAAAUAUAUAUUUUAUCAAAGUACAGUACGUGACCCGCAGGCAGGCAUAUAUAUGCAUUGAAUCACGUUAAUUAACACCCGCAUGGAGUAAAUCACGAUUCUUAUUAAGCAUUUUACCACCUUCGUGUUGCAGAGGUGAGCUGUGUGUUGAGACUGUAUAUGGUGCACGCCUACUAGCGACUGGGUAUUCCUUUUUGUUUUUCGUUUUUUCAGUCAAAGUGUUAAAUGGCGUUUGAUAUAUAGAGGAAAAAAAAUGGCAGCAGGGUCUUUGCGGAUACUGCUUUCAAAAUGCGUGACUCAAAGUAGAGGCUAGCAUAAGUCUUUUUGAGACGGAUGAACUGUUUGUACAUAUGUAAUAGAAUAAGAGGAAAGCUAUAUGUCACGGUCGGAGUUGUCCAUAUGUAGUCAUUGGAAACCUGGCUAGAAACACUUUGAACUCAGCGUUUGGUCACCAGCCAGCCAGCCAGCCAGCCAGCCAGCCAGCCAGAACUCCCACACUAAUUCCAAUCGGCCUGUUUUUAGCCUCAUGUUUUCUCUAGCUUUCUUUUUCUGAUUUUCUCACCCGAUCUGUUCCUUUCCCCCGAACCUAUGCUUCUUGCUACUGAGCACCAACUGAACACUAGCGGAGCUGUGAUUGAUCCAGUGUCGUUGUCAAGUGCUUCCACCCCCCCCCUCCCACCAAAUAGUGGCCACCGUGCAGGCCUUUCUUUUAGGCGAUCGUGGUAUUUGUCAGAGCUAUACCCAACAUUGUCUCCAGAGCCCAGUCUCAAAGCAAAACGUGCAACAGACCCGCCUGUCCACCGGAAGAACGUGCGUCAGUUUCACGAUUUGUGUCGCCGAGAUGUGAAUAUUACAGGCCUGCAUGAAGGUGCAGUGAAGACUAACUUCAGAGCUAGUUACGUAGUAUAUAAAGUGAGAAAGACCACUUAUGGUGGGCGGUUGGGCAGGUGGAUGCGUCCAACAAAUAACACUUUCAACCAGGAGAUGUUCGAGACCGGUGUUUUAGUUACAUUUGUCACAUAUUUUCUGUACUGACGUUCCGUUGUUUCUGCACCUGUUUUACUUAGUUUACGUACUUAUUUUAAACCUAAACAAGACGUUUUCCCUUACCCUAACUUGAGUGGCUUUGUUGCCCUCUGCUGGUAGUGCUCGUUAAUACAGGCAUGUAAUAUUCACGCCUCUGCGAGGCAAAAAUGUGACACUGACACACUGUCCUCUGGUGGACAAAGGGCUUUAUUACACCCUUUGGCAUGAUAUCGGGUUGGUCUCUCCAAUAGCAUUUCCACUUAUGUAAUGGCAGAAAGAGGGUUAAGUGUUACACACUUUAGUUCUGGAUGUUUAGAUUUUUUGGUGAUCAAGAACCUCUCAGCACGGUUUCUAGUGCCUUCGUAGAGAACAGUGACUUAGAUCCAUAGAGUUACAUCCCUCUUCAUACACAGACAGGACAGACCUGAGAUCAGUGCAGUUCUGAAGGGUCCAUGAAUACUUUGCAUACCACCCCGUAUUACUCAAAAGACUAUUGAAAUUCAUGCAAAAAAUAAGCCGUUUCAGACUGUGUCAAUAAGGGCACGUUAAAACUAAGGCCCUUUAUUUUAGGUGUCUCAGUUUGUGAAACAUCCAAUGCAGGCUUAUUAACUUAAAAUAGCCUCUUAAGAGUCUCACUUCGGGGUCCAGGGUUCCUACACAGCGCUGAAAACUAUUUCAGAAAUUACCUUUUUCACGGUUGUACACUAGUGGCAUUAGUUGCGAGGACUAAUUUUCAGCUAUAGAUAGUUAUGGCCUUGUUGACAAUCAUACACCCAGUUAUCAUCAGCCCGUAUGUUAUACAAACAGACCGCCAAAUCAUACCAACCAGCUAUGACUAAAAAGGAAAUGCGUGGAAUAUGGAAAGGUGUAGGAAACCUGAGGUCAGAGCAUGGACACCUCAUGUCAAAACAUUCAUCUUGAGGAGGAGCCUCCAAACUAAACUACUGCCAACCUGCUCACCAGGUAACUGCCAACGGGAACCAGACUCGCCAUCUGGUACAGACGGGACUUACUGUCACUGGUAGCACUUAGAAAUGAAGGGGGUCGGAUAAAAUUGCGUAAUGAUACUGAAUGUGGGAAAACAAGUGUAUCUGUUUAUGUGAAUGAAAUUAUUGCUUGUUUCACUGCAAAUGGUAAAACACACUGGUGACUUUGGUUUAUGCAUUUAACCUUAUAUCUGUGUAUGUUGUCACGUUCUGAGCGCAGCACUCGGUGAGUUUUUCUAUUCCUGUAAAUGAAUGAAGCUUGUGUGUGAAUGUUUCGGGUGCACGAGUGUGUGUGCGUGUGCAGCACAUGCAUGCUACUGUGUUACAGCGUGCGUGAUGUAUAAUAUCGCUUUUUCCAUGGAUAACAGUUCUGAUGUGUGUGUCUACAGGAUACACAAGAGCUUUUUUUUUUUUUUUUCAGAAAACAUUUCCACGUCUUGGGUUUUAUCAUAACUUGCAUCAAGUUUUUUACGUUGCGAUGUGUCGGCUUUCCACGUGUAGAUAUUUUUGUUGUAUUUUGUAAAUAACGGCUUGGCUUGAGAGCAGACGCUUUUGAGGUCAGAGGUGAGAGCUUGACCUCAAUCGGCCCCGCUGCAUUAUGGGUAGGAGGGGGUGUGCGUGAGAUGAGACUAUUUACAGUUUUCACUCUUUCAUUUGCUGUGAAAUUUCUUUAAUUUUUUUGAACAUGUCAGGUGAAUUUGCUAGCUCAAAUGUUUAGCCUAUCAGGUAUCAAACGAGAUUAUUUAACUUGUGACUGAGCUCUUGUGACACCUGUAUUGUUUCUGUCUCUGACAGUUCAUGCACCUUUUCUGUAUUUUUUAAUAAAAAGGCACACACUUAAAACAGGAUGUGUCAUUUCAAACAUCUAGUUUACGACGACGAUCUGGUGUCUGAACGCAGCACGCUGGAAAACUUGUCGUCGCAAACUAGACAUCAGAUGAAACUGACCCAUCCUUUUUUUAAGUGAGUGUGCACCUAAAAAAACAAAACAAAAGUGUAAUUUGGAGCAUUACAGAAGGAUGGACGGCAUGGACGGAUAAGCGGACUGGCACAUUGGAGCGUGAAUACCCUGGAAACUGUUCUAGUGACUGGUGAUCUUACAGUAGGAUAUACAGUAUAUGAUAUGAUAUAAUAUGACAUUCUGGUUAAUGUUGAAGCUACACGAGAAGCAUGAACGGCUGUCGAAAUGGUUUACUCUACAAUAUAAUAUUGCAAAAUAUUUUGUAUUUUAAAUGAAGUUUAAAAAAAUGAAAUAAAUGUUGGUUUCAGGAUUUCAAA